AUGGUUGAGCAACUCCCACAUACGCCUUCUGAACUUCUUCGGAUGGUGACCGAGUUACAACAAGCCAACCAGUGCAUGGCGGAAGAAAACCAGAGAAUGGCAAAUCAGAUUGCCAAUCUGAAUAAUGCUCGGAUCGAAAAUAACAAUGACCGACAAGAGCGAACAGAAGAAGCUAAGCAUCAGUCUGAACCGACGCACGUUUUUGAAACUGCUCGGUGUGAAGAUGAACAACCUGGGUACAAUGAAGAAGCUCGGCAAGAGAAUGAAAAUGACGAUCUAGAAAACUCACCUGGACCGUUCACGGCCGAAGUAAUGAACUUCGUACUACCCAGAAGGUUCACUCUACCAACCACCCUAGCCCCCUAUGAUGGGUUAGGUGAUCCGAAGAAAUACAUAAAAAAGUUCAUCUCCAUAAUGAUAGUAAUCGGUGCAUCUGAUAAAGUUUUAUGUCGUUGUUUUCCAUCUUACUUAGACGGUCCUGCACUUGAUUGGUUUUGUUCUUUGCCUGCAGGUUCUAUUUCUCAUUUUCGAGACCUAUCAAAUCCCUUCGAGGAACAUUUUGCUGGAUCAGCCAUCUAUCUCCAUGAUUCUGAUUACUUGAACACAAUCAAACAAGGCCAGCAUGAAAGCCUUAGAGACUACGUGACGCGCUUUACAAAGAUAGCCAUGAGUAUACCAGAUCUCCACCUCGAGGUGAAAUUGCAUGCAAUAAAGAGCGGACUCCGACUAGGAAAGUUCCAGGAGACCAUCGCUGUGGCCAAACCUAAAACUAUGGCCGAGUUUCGUGAAAAGGUGAAAGGUCAGAUUGACAUUGAAGAACUCCAACAAGCUCAGAAAACAGAGAGACCACAAUAA